AAAUUUUGCAGAGUCCUGAGACUUCCAACUGAAGAAAAAGAUCUUCCCUCUUUCAUUGAUAAUCUUCAACAUGAUUCACAGCCUAUUUUUAAUCAAUUCCUCUGGAGACAUAUUUCUGGAGAAACAUUGGAAAAGUGUGGUCAGCCGUUCUGUUUGUGAUUACUUUUUUGAGGCACAAGAGAGAGCAACUGAGGCAGAAAACGUACCUCCAGUUAUCCCUACUCCUCACCACUAUCUUUUAAGUGUUUACCGGCACAAGAUAUUUUUUGUGGCUGUGAUCCAAACAGAAGUCCCACCUCUGUUUGUCAUUGAGUUUCUUCACCGAGUUGUGGACACUUUUCAGGAUUAUUUUGGAGUUUGUUCAGAGCCAGUAAUCAAAGACAAUGUGGUUGUGGUUUAUGAAGUAUUGGAAGAGAUGCUUGACAAUGGGUUUCCGUUGGCUACUGAAUCCAAUAUCCUCAAAGAACUGAUAAAGCCUCCCACUAUCCUUCGAACAGUUGUCAACACUAUAACAGGGAGCACUAAUGUGGGUGACCAGCUUCCCACUGGGCAGCUGUCAGUGGUGCCUUGGCGACGGACUGGGGUGAAAUACACCAAUAAUGAGGCCUAUUUUGAUGUAAUUGAAGAGAUUGAUGCCAUUAUUGAUAAAUCAGGUUCUACAAUUACUGCUGAGAUCCAAGGGGUGAUUGAUGCCUGUGUCAAACUGACUGGAAUGCCAGACCUCACGCUUUCCUUUAUGAACCCCAGAUUGUUGGAUGAUGUCAGCUUUCAUCCUUGUGUUCGUUUCAAGCGUUGGGAAUCUGAGCGUAUCCUCUCCUUCAUCCCUCCUGAUGGAAACUUUCGCCUGCUCUCUUAUCAUGUCAGUGCACAGAAUUUGGUGGCGAUUCCAGUGUAUGUCAAGCAUAGCAUCAGUUUCCGAGAUAGUAGCUCACUUGGACGCUUUGAAAUAACUGUUGGACCUAAGCAGACUAUGGGAAAGACUAUAGAGGGAGUGAUUGUCACCAGCCAGAUGCCCAAAGGCGUUCUGAAUAUGAGCCUUACUCCAUCUCAAGGAACACAUAUAUUUGACCCAGUUACUAAGAUGCUGACUUGGGAUGUAGGAAAAAUAAAUCCCCAAAAACUACCAAGUUUGAAAGGUACCAUGAGUCUCCAGGCUGGAGCUUCUAAACCAGAUGAAAACCCUACAAUUAAUCUACAGUUUAAGAUCCAACAGCUGGCAAUUUCUGGACUGAAAGUGAAUCGCCUAGAUAUGUAUGGAGAAAAGUACAAACCUUUUAAGGGCAUAAAAUACAUGACCAAAGCUGGGAAAUUUCAAGUUCGAACCUGAAGAGAGAUUUGCAAAGGGAACAGUCAUGAACAUUUUUUUAUUUCUUACUUGUCUAAAAGUAAAACUAUCAGCCUGUCUCAUAGGUCAGUUCCCUCCAGAACCUACCUGCUCCCUAUUUUUCUUAGCCUUCAGUGCCAUGGAACUAAUCAAGGGAGAAAGGGUUACAUGGGAGAACUGGUCAGAACUGAAAUAAAAUCACCAUCAAACGA